AUGGCUCCUCAGACCCAAAAGGCCCUGCUCGUCACUGAAAUUGGCGCACCCUUGACUCUAACCACGACGCGCCCAGUUCCACAACCCGGUCCAUCCCAAGUUCUCGUCCGCGUCACCGUGGCCGGCCCGAAUCCUCAUGACCAAAAGGCACGAGACAUGGGCCUCUUUAUUGCCGGCAAACUGCCCGCCGUCCUGACCAACGACGUCGUCGGCGAGAUCAUCGCUCGAGGCGACGAAGUAACCAAAUUCUCCAUCGGCGACCACAUCGUCGGCCAAGCCAACGCCGCACCCGGCUGGACACAGAACGGAUUCCAAGAAUACGCCAUCCUCGACGCCGACUUCUGCGCGAAGAUUCCAGCCGGCUUCACCGACGACGACGGCGCCACGUUGCCAACCAACACAAUCGCCCCUCUCGUUGCGAUAUUCGACUCCCUCGACAUCCCUGCCCCCUGGACCUCCGCAGCUUCAGGCUUCAACUACAGCGGCACCACCCUCCUCGUCAUGGGCGGCGGCAGCAACUGCGGCCGAUUCGGCGUGCAAAUCGCCGCUCUGGCGGGGAUAGGCCGCAUCAUCGUCGUCGGCGGCAACGAAUCCGAAUUGAAGUCCCUCGGCGCCACGACCGUGCUCUCCCGCCACGGCUCGCCGGAGGAAGUCCUCAGCCGUAUCCGCGACGUCGUCGGCGACGAGCUCCUCUACGUCUAUGACGCGAUAAAUCCGCUGCCGACCCAAACCAUUGGGAUCAAUGCGUUGUCGUCUACGAAACGGGGCAAAUUCGCCCGUCUCCUCCCUAUGGGACCUGUUGAUGAGAGUCAAAUCAAGCCGAAAACGGCCGGGUAUGACUUGAUCGAUGUCAUGGGCAUGUCGCAUUGGAAACCCGAGCUGGCAAAGGAGUUUUGGGAUCGUGUGCCCGGGUUCUUGACGGACGGGAAGAUUAUGCCGGGCGCCUAUACGGUGGUCAAGGGGUUGGAUGUGGAUAAGGCGAAUCAGGUCCUGGACCACUAUAGGGAUGGGAAGAAGGUGGUGAAGACGCAUUUUCAUGUUGCGGAGUGA